CCAACUCAAGGGAAAAAGGAGGAAGCAAAAAGGAAGAGAGAAGAGGGGAGGGGGAAGGAGAGCAGAGAGGGAAGGAAUUGCUGUGGAUUGGAGCGAUGGGUCCAUUGAAGAAAUCGAAGAAAAUGAAGAAGAAAAAGAAACGGAUGGAUUCAAAGAAGAAAGGCAGUAAAAGCAUCCUCCCAUUGGAACCCAAAUCCAUGGAUUCUGAUUGGUGGAAUAGUUUCUGGCUCAAGAACUCCAAUUCAGGGCUAGAAAUACCUGAUGAUGAGGUGGAAGGAUUCAAAUAUUUCUUCAGGGUAUCAAGGAAGACAUUUGACUACAUAUGUUCCCUAGUGAGGCAAGAUCUUGUGUCUCGCCCACCAUCCGGUCUGAUAAAUAUUGAAGGGAGGCUUCUCAGUGUCGAAAAGCAAGUGGCCAUUGCUCUGAGGAGGUUGGCAUCUGGCGAGUCCCAAGUGUCAGUUGGAUGGUCCUUUGGCGUCGGGCAAUCUACUGUCUCUCAGGUGACUUGGAGAUUCAUCGAGUCCAUGGAGGAGCGCGCCAAGCACCAUCUCAAGUGGCCUGAUGCCAACAGAAUGGAGGAAAUCAAGGCCAAGUUUGAAACAACAUUUGGGCUGCCCAACUGUUGCGGUGCCAUUGAUGCCACCCACGUCAUCAUGACCCUCCCGGCUGUAGAAACUUCAGAUGAUUGGUGCGACCAGGAGAGCAAUUACAGCAUGUUUCUACAAGGGAUUGUGGAUGAUGAGAUGAGAUUUCUUGACAUUGUGACUGGGUGGCCUGGGAGCAUGACUGUAUCCCGCCUGCUGAAAUGUUCAGGAUUUUACAAACUUUGUGAAAGCAGAGAACGAUUGAACGGUCAUGUAAAGGUAUUGCCAGAGGGAGCUGAUAUCAGAGAAUUCAUAGUAGGAAACAUCGCCUACCCUCUGCUGUCAUGGCUCAUUACCCCCUACGAUGGUCAUGGUCUUUCACCAUCAAUGGUCGGUUUCAAUGCAAAGCACAAGGGUGCGAGGCUGCUUGCAGAAAGGGCGCUAUCUCAAUUGAAGGGCAGUUGGAGAAUCCUCCACAAGGUUAUGUGGAGACCAGACAAGCGGAAAUUGCCUAGCAUUAUCUUGGUUUGUUGUCUGCUGCACAAUAUCAUCAUAGACGGUGGAGAUACAUUGCAUGCAGGUGUUCCGUUACCACAUCACCAUGAUGCUGGCUAUGAAGAACAAAGCUGUCAGCAAGCUGACUCGGAGGGUCUGACCAUGAGAGAAAACCUGUCGAAACAUUUAAAACGUCGUGAAUAGCCUCCUUGAAAUGAUCAGUGGUCAAACAUGCAGGCAGUAAAAUGAACCGAAACCCAAGUCAUUGCAGUCUCCAACUCUUCUUUUGAUCAAGCUAUGGCAUUUCAGUGCCUGCGGCGGAAGUCACACCAUCCAAAGCAGAUGAGUGUUUUAGUUUUUUUUCCUUAAUGUUGUAUGUGGGGAAGUCUAAACAUGAUUACUUGUCGGUGUCAGAAUCUAAUGUGGCAAUGAUGCCGUCAUGGGUUCAAAGCCAGCUUAGCUUUA